AUGUGUCGGGUUGAAGAGCGUGUGUACAUUGGUGCCGAGGGUCACCGUUCCAUUUUUGAGGAGCGCUUCCCGUGUGACAAGUCGCGGAAUGGAAAGUUUUGCUCUAGGGUAAAGAAGAAGACAUUGGAAUACCACACCAAGAGUGGGUCCGUCUCUCGCGACAAUACACCGUCGCCGGGAAAUCCGCCUACUCCUACUGGCACCGGCGCAUACGUGGUACAGCAACGAAGACCCUCUAGCAGCGGUGGACGUCCCUUUACUCGUGACGGCCACAAGCCAAUCGCACCGGAAAUCACCAUCAACUUCAAUUCCAAAAAGGACAAUGGAAAGAGAAACUCCGGCGUGACAGUAUCAACCAAGCCCCACAAGCGUUCAUCGCUCAUGACCAGCCCCAUCGACACGAGUGAUUUGAUUGAUGAUUUUCCGGGCUCGGAUGGCUCGCACACGAUCCGAACUGGGUUUCCGGAUGCUCCCUUACCUACCCCAACUGCAUUUGGACAUCCCGAUAGCUUCAUGACUUCUCCUUCUCAUGGCUAUCACAAUUGCCAGACGUCUUCGACUUCUUCCUUCAAUGCCCCAAGCUCAACACCCUCGCUCUAUGUUACUUCUGAUCCCGACUACGAGUCGCCCGACACUCGUCGCGGUGCAAGGCCAGCGCCAACAAUCAUCCAGCAUCAGACCUCUGCUACGCCUACCUCCUCGGCACCACGUCCGUCCGCCAUGAAACCCUCUGUUCCUUAUCGUACUGCACUUGUGGCUCCACGGACCUCGGCUCACGAUGGAGACGCAUCUGAUCUGUUUCCCCUUGAUUAUGGCGAUCUAGCCGAUCGUUCGGCAUCUUCUCAUGCUAGUUCCGUCGCACCCGAGAAUACGCGCAAGGGCAAAGAUCGGGAUGAGAGACGUAGAAAACAAGAGGAGGAACGGAGACGAGAAGAGGAGCGGAUUCGGCGGGCCGCUGAAGAAGCUGCGAGGGAAAACGCCAAGCAGGUUCGGUUCGAGCUUGAUCGUCCAGCCGCGAGAGAGCGCGAGAGGGCGGAAAAGAUGUUUGCUGAAAAGGAGGUGGAUCGAGCUCUGGCGAGAGAAGAGGCUCGUCGCCAGGACGAAGAGGCUCGACGACGGGAGCGAAAGGAGCGCGAGAAGAAGGAGCGUGAGGAGGAGGAAACCAAGCAGCGCAAGAAGAAAGAACGGGAAGAGGAGGAGGUCAAGCAACGCAAAAAGGAGAAGCGUUCAUCGGCCAUCAAGCAAGACGACAAGUCUACCACACGGACGCGAAGGUCAACAAUGACUCAGGAUCAAAUUGCAGAGCAGCGUCAUCUCCUCGCUGCGGAGCAACGUCGUAUGGAAGACGAGAAGCAGGUUGCCAUGGCCCGUGAACGGGAGGAGCAGAACGCCCUCCUUCGUCAGCAACAAGACACUCGCGAGUACUUUGAUCCUCGCGGUGGUAACCGGUCGCUUGAUCGUCGCGCGUCCAUCUCCCGACAGCCCCCACCUAUGCCUGCCUCUGGUCUGGUCAGAUCUGGUAGCCAUCGCCACACCAGCGUUCAUCAAAGCAACCCACCUGUCAUCGCCAACCCGGUCCUGCCAGACUACUCCACUCGCCCUUCCAAUGUGCGCCAAAAGACUGGUCCUCCAGUCUCCUUCCCUUCCAACUUCAACCAGAAUCAAGGGUACGAACGUCCUCCUUCUACACGCCGGCCGUCGUACUCCCAAGAAGCCCUUCCCUCUGCACGAGUCCGGCGCGACUCUGGUGCAGCUACCGGUAACCCUUUUGUCCAGGAUUCUUCUGUGCUGUCGCCCUCACACGCUUCAGCCGAUCCUUGGGACCUGCGUACUGUACAGUCUGCACUCCCCAACUGUCGCCCGGCCCGUGAAGCCCGCUCCAAUACAAUCCAGCAGCGUGGUCAGGAAGUCAUCAAUCGCUCUGUUAGCCAGGCGCAACAGGCUACGCGCGCCAUGUACCAGGAUGUCAACGUCUUUGAUGAUGACUCAGAAGAUGAAUUUGGAGCGUACGCGGGCCGACUGAGACGGAAGCACUAG